UCAUAUUGUGACAUUUCGAGGAGGUUGGUAUGAAACUUGUGUUACAUUUGCUACCGUUGUUAGCGUUGUUUUUGUGUUUGGUUUUGGUUUUCUGUGGGAGGGACUUUUAUUCCAUUUUAAAUGUUCCCCGUACCGCUAGUAAAAGUGAAAUUAAGAAAGCGUACAGGUUACUAGCUGCGAAGCUACAUCCCGAUAAAAAUCGUGAAGAUCCAGACGCUGAUAAGAAAAUCCAGGACUUGAAUGAGGCAUAUGAGGUCCUCAGUAAGGACGACAAACGCAAGACUUACGAUCGAUACGGUGAGGAGGGUUUAAAAAACCAAGGAGAACAUGAAUUCAAUCCGUUUGGUUUUGCACAACCUCCAACUGAAGAACCGCGUGGUGGCGAUGUUGUAAUGGACUUAUGGGUUACUCUUGAAGAACUUUACAUGGGAAGUUCUUUUGAGGUGACCAGACGUAAACUAGUCAAAACUCCUGCACCCGGAACUCGUAAAUGCAACUGUCGUAUGGAGUUACGUACUACCGUCUUGGGUCCCGGUCGUUUUCAAAUGCAUCAAGAACAAGUCUGCAGUGACUGUCCAAACAUUCAGUUUACCUCUGAAGAUCGAAGUCUUGAUGUGGAAAUCGAACCUGGAAUGAGAGAUGGUUAUAUCUAUCCAUUUUUAGGUGAGGGUGAACCCCAUCCAGACGGUGAUUAUGGUGAUUUAAAAUUUCGUAUUCAACAACAAAAGCAUAAAACAUUUCAUCGACGAGGUGAUGACUUAUACACCAAUAUCACUUUAACUUUGGUUGAAGCCUUAAAUGGAUAUCAUAUAACAUUUCCACAUUUAGAUGGCCAUCAAUUGACAUAAUAAAGCUACACCUCGCAGAAUCCAAUGACUUUCUGGCUUAUCUGAUGUUAAAAGUAUAGACAGGACAAAAUUUGUUGAAUGUCCAGUUGUUGAAAGUACACCGCGUCGUUCACUUGUCUUAUACACUGGUGCUGUAUAACUUGGUCUUGGUUGAAUAUCACUCUUUUUCAUCGGUAUUAACCAAACCUAUGUAUUGGUUUAACAGAAGUAAACACAAAUUAUUAUUAUUAGUUUUAGCUGUGGUUUUGGUUUUGAUGCAGCCUGAGGGGGUGCAGGUUCAUCCAGCUGACGAGUCCCAAAUAGGACGAAACGUGCGUCCUGGAUUCUUCUGCUAACCACAACCAACCAAAUUAUCAUAAUUAACAUUCAGGCAAUAUCAAGGCAUCCUCCUAGGAGCCCAUAUGCCAAUGGAGGUUGAAUAAUUCGAUCCAACAAAACAACGGAGAAUAACAAGAUACCCAUCCAACUUGGCGCCAAAUGACAGUUUUGCAAUAAUACCCAUGUACCUUCUUUUAAACCACGUUCAAUCAUUUUUAAUGCUAUUGGCCCUUGACCUUGACCUAAGGAUAAUGAUUCAAAUUUACUACCACCAAAUCCCAUAUCUUCAGCAUAUUUUAACAAUGCUACCAUUGGAUCAGCACCAGGUGAUAGAAUAAACAAUAAUGGUACUGUACACGAUGAAUCAGCAAAUGCACCCGGUAAAUCAAAUGGUGGCGGUUCAAUAUAUUUUUUGCCUAAAUUUUCUAAAACAAAAUUUUGUACAGCUGGUACAAUUUUAUCCGGCCGUAGAACACGUAGUAUGCAGAGAUAUUAAUGGUUUUUAUACUUUGGGCGAAUUAUACACUUGGUUAUGAUGGAUAUCGACUCUUAGCAUGAAACCAGUAAAACACGUCUACUUGAUUAUACUAAGGUAAGAUGUGUAUGUACACACUUACUCGGUUCACCUUGGUCUCUUGAGC